AUGUCCGGCGGGGGCGGGGGAGGGGCGCGGUACCGGGUGGGCGUGGCCACGGGCGGGCAGUGCGGGGGGGGCACCCUGGGGACGGUCACCCUGCGGCUGCAGGGGACAGCGGGGGUGGCACCCGAGUGGCACCUGGGGUGGCCCCGGCACCGCCUGCGGCCCGGCGCCACGCUGUGGCUGGAGGUGACGGCCCCGCGGCCCCUGGGGACGCUGCUGUCCCUGCGGCUGCACAAGGAGCCGCUGAUGUCCCUUGUCCCCGACCGCUGGUUCUGCGCCAGCGUCACCGUCACCGGGCCCCUCCCGGGGGACGCCGCGGGGGACGGCGGGGACACCGUGAGGGACCUCGGGGACAUCGAGGGGGACCCUGAGGACACCGCCGGGGACGUCCCCACGGCCUUCUUCCCCUGCCACCGCUGGCUGGAGAGCGGGGACCUGGAGCUGCGCGAGGGGACAGCGCGCACUCCCCGUGACGCCGCCCGGGUGCCGCAGCUGCUGCAGCAGCGCCAGGAGGAGCGGAGAGAGCGCCGGGAGAGCUUCGAGUGGGCUCCCUACGCCCCGGGCUGGCCCUGGUGUCUCCGGGCGCUGCCCCCGGCCCUGUGCCCGUGGCCGCCCCCGCCCGCCCCGGCGAUGACGUCACGGGAGGAGACGAUGACGUCACGGGAGACGACGAUGACGUCACAGGAGGAGACGAUGACAUCACGGGAGGAGACGGUGACGUCGCCGGGGCCGCCCCCGCAGCUGCCGCCCGCGCUGAGCUUCCCCCUGGGGCACCGCGCCCAGCUGGCCGCGCGCGCCGCCGCCGCGCAGAUCCGGAUCCGGCUCCGGGGGCUCCGCUCCGGGGGCUCCUGGCGCAGCUUUGGGGACGUCCGGGCGGCGCUCGAGGGUCCCGGGACCCCCAUCAGCGAGUACGUGGUGCGGCACUGGCAGGAGGACGCGUUUUUCGGGGAGCAGUUCCUGAGCGGGGUGAACCCCGUCCUGCUGCGCCGCUGCCCCCGCCUGCCCCCCAACUUCCCGGUCACCGAGGCCAUGGUGGCACCCAGCCUGGGGGCUGGCACCUCCCUGCGACAGGAGAUGGAGGCGGGCCGUCUCUUCCUGGCCGACUACGCGCUGCUGGAGGGGCUCCCCACGGGCGCCAUCGGGGGGCGCCCCCAGUUCCUGGCGGCCCCCCUGUGCCUGCUCUGGCUCAGCCCCCGCGGCCGCCUGCUGCCCGUGGCCAUCCAGCUGUCGCAGCGCCCCGGGCCGGCGUCCCCGAUCUUCGUGCCCGGUGGCCGGGGCUGGCCGCUGGCCAAGCUGUGGGUGCGGGGCGCGCACUUCGCGCUGCACGAGAUGGUGACGCACCUGCUGCACGGCCACUUCCUGGCCGAGGCCUUCGCCGUGGCCACCCAGCGCCUGCCCGCCGCGCACCCCGUGCACCAGCUGCUCCUGCCCCACCUGCGUUUCACGUUCCACAUCAACAUCCUGGCGCGGGAGACGCUGCUGAACCCCGGCGGCAUCAUCGACCAGGCCACCUCGCUGGGCCGGGAGGGGACGCUGGCGCUGGUGGCCCGGGGGACGGCGGCGCUGACGUUCCGCGAGCUCUGCGUCCCCGAUGACGUGGCCGAGCGCGGCGUUGGGGACAUCCCCGGCUACCACUACAGGGACGACGCGCUGGACAUCUGGGAGGCCAUCCGCAGCUACGUGGAGGGCGUCGUGGCGCUGUUCUACGCCGAGGACGCGGAGGUGGCCGGGGACGAGGAGCUGCAGCAGUGGGUGGGCGAGAUCUUCACCUACGGCGUGCUGGGCAACCGCCACAGCGGGUUCCCGUCCAAGCUCUGCGGCCGCCCCGAGCUGGUCAAGUUCCUGACCAUGAUCAUCUUCUGCUGCUCCGCCCGGCACGCGGCCGUCAACAGCGGCCAGUACGACUACGCGGCCUGGAUGCCCAACACGCCGGGCACGCUGCAGCGGCCGCCGCCCGCCAGCCACCGCGAGGCCACCGAGGAGCUGCUGCUGGCGUCACUGCCGUCCCCUGAGGCCACCGGGGCCCUGCUGGCCCUGCUCAGCGUGGUCAGCUACGAGGGCGGCGAGCCGCGUCCCCUGGGCUCGCGCUCGCAGGACCUGCUGGCCGGGCCGGCCCCGCGGCGCCUGCUGGCCGCGUUCCGGGCGCGCCUGGCCGGGAUCUCGGAGCGGAUCCGCGCCCGGAACGCGGAGCUGGCCCUGCCCUACCCCUACCUGGAGCCCAGCUGCGUGCAGGAGAGCAUCUCCAUCUGA